AUGGCGCUUAAAACGGUGGUGAAGUUCUUGAUAGUGGUAAUGAUUGUUUGCGAGACGAGUUGCCAACCAUUGGACAUCGACGAAAAUGGCAUAGCGAGCAGUGGACACAGACUGUGGAAGAGAUUUAUAAACCCGUUAGUGGUGUUUGGAGGUUUCGCGGACGACGGAAUCGAUAAAAUUAGGACCAAAAGAAGCACGGAAGAUGAAUGCGAGAAGUUGCAGCUGUGCAAGCUGCACGCUCGCUCCGGGCACAGCUUUUUCGCUGCUUUCGAGCUUUACUUCGUCAACAAAGAAAACGCCAGAUUAUGGGAUCAUCACGCGCGCUCUAUCGCCGAAUGUGAAAGGCGCUAUGGCGGCUGUUACAAA